AUGGCGUUCAGAAGUACACGUUUUCUAAUUUUCUCUCUGACUUUUCUCUUAAUUUUCCACAUUUUGCGCUGCGAAGACGAGCCUAAAAAGGCUGAGAAAGAUGACAAAGAUGAAGCAGAGGUAGAAGACGAUAAGGAGGAUGAAAAAUACGAUCCAGAAAAGGAGAAACGGGAAGAAGAAGAAGAGAAACGAUUAGAGGAGGAACGUUUCAAAAAGAAAAAAGUUUAUGAUUAUGAUGAUGCCGACAUUGAAAGGCUUUAUGAUCAAUGGGAGGAUAAUGACGACGUCAAACUACCAGAGGACGAACAACCGGACUUCAAGAAGGAGGUCCCACAACCAGAUAUUAACACUAUCGAUUUUUCGAAUCCUGAAAAUAUCAUGAAAGCAACGAAAAAGGGAAAAACAUUGAUGAUGUUUGCAAAUAUGGUUGGUAACCCAAGUAAGCGUGAAACAGAACGUAUCUCCGGGUUAUGGCAGAGCAGUCUUCACAAUGGAGGAAUAGAGGUUCAAAGGUACGUUAUUGAACCUUCAAAAGUCCUGUUUGUUUUCAACGAUGGUUCGCUGGCGUGGGAGGCAAAAGAUUUCCUGAUAACACAGGAGACCUGUAAGGAGGUUACAAUAGAACAGAAGGCUUAUAUUGGGAAAGGAGGAGAAAAGGAAAAGGCUGAGGAGGAGAAGAAAAAGGCAGCAGAGGCUGAGAAGAAGAAAGAAGAUGAAGCCAAAGAUGGGGAGGAAGACGGAGGGAAGGGAACGGCCAAAGAGGCACAGAAACCAAAAGAUGAAUUAUGAGAAAAACAUUCCUAGUCCCUUUAAAAUUCUGUUAAUCAAAAUGUUAUCUCUGAGCAUUUUCAGAAGUUAACUUUAACUGCUUUCAAUGUUUUAACAUUUUAUGUGGUGUUUAUGGUUGUGUUGGAUAUGAAUGGCAGCAACUGCAUUUUGAUAGAGUUGGAUGAGGAGGCAGACAGCUUCUUGAAGAGCAGGGAGUCUCAAGAGUUUAGCAACCCACUGUAACUUAGAACACUCCCUGUACUGAAAAUAGUGCAAACAUUAACCAUGAUGUCUUAUUUUACUGGUGCAUUUAUUAAGAGCCUGUGGAAAUAACAGUCCCAAGAUCAUGUAAAUCUUUGCCUUCUUCUGCCACUCCCCCAGGGCCAAACUGAUUGUGGCUUUCAUCAUGUGUGUGUGUUUUAUCAUUCCAAUGUGAAUUGACCCUGACGAGAAAACCACAGAAAACAAAUAUAUGACCCUAAAAGGUUUGUUUACACCGGGGGUUUGUGUGCAGGGCUUGAGAAGCAAACAUUAACUCUUGAUUUCCUAAGGAUGGAACGCUGUGGCUCUCAGCAAUUUCUGUCAUUGCUUUAUCGUGACGUAAUACUCGCAUGGUGCUUAGGUCGUUUUAGUGAAGUCUGCUGGCCAACCAUGGUGGUCUAUAGGUGGCGUGGUUUUGAACUUGUUGGCCAAGUUACAUCAUCAAGUAUGUACACAAACUUGUUACUAUGCAAUACUUAACUGCUGUCCAUAGAGAUUAUCAAUGAUAAGAGUGCGAACGAGAAGAAGAAGAAGAAUGAUUGGAGUGUAACUGGUAGUAUUUGCUGGUGACCAAAAGUCUCUGUGGUUUGGGAAAAUAUCUUUCGUGCUUCUUGGACUUGGAGAAUCGCCCUAACAAUAAUUAAACUGCCUGGACAUCAUGGAACACUGAUACAAAAACAUUCUAUUGUGUUGUAAAUUUGUACAAAGUGUAUGUUGGUGAGGAAUAGUCUGUUAAUGAUAUUUUUGUAUGCAAUAAAGUGAAGUUAGUGGC